CACAGGAGAUGGCGGCGCAUCUGCUAACACUCAUUCGCGACGAUUCCAUCACGUGGACAAGGCACACGCGCGUGGUGUUCAACCGCACCGUAGAAAGCCCCAGGGUUACUAACCUCUACAGGCUUAGCGUGCUGGGUGAAGCCAACGCUUGCACUACUAUAGCACACGCCGAAUUGCAUCUGUACAAUAAGCAGCCCAUCACUGACAUGGAGCGGGAGAAGAAGAUACAGCGUCUGCUGAACACUGCUGCGGCUAUCGUUGGGCAGAAAGUGGAUGCGCUCCAGCGCACUCGUCGACCACCGGAUGUAGAACCACUGCCGCCGUGGAAGCCGACACUUGUGAUCAUCAAUGUGUACCGCAACGGCCAGGACGCCACCGGUCGCCAUAGCGACACUCUCAAUGUGUUGGGACCACGCGCACUGAUUGGUAGUGUGUCGCUGGGCGCAGAACGAUUGUUUACGCUGGACAAAGUGAGCAAGACCACCAAUCAGAACGAGCUCGCCUGGGACGAGUCGACUAAAACCAACGUCAACGAGAAGGUCAGUAGCCUGUACGCACGCACACACGCACACCACAGACACACACCCGCACAUAUACACACCACAGACACACCCGCACACAAGCAGGCACCGGCCUGUCCUUAA